CCGCUUUCCUCCUGCUUCCUUCCUUCCUUCGUUCGCUCGCCAGCGGGCCCGCCCGCGUCCUUCUUGCCCUGCCUCGCUCCAGGUCAGCCUCCCUCGGGCGCCAUGCCGAUUUUCACAGUCAAUGUAAAAUGGGGCAAGGAGAAAUUUGAUGGAGUGGAGCUUAACACAGAUGAACCUCCAAUGGUAUUCAAAGCUCAGCUUUUUGCUUUGACUGGAGUUCAGCCUGACAGACAGAAAGUGAUGGUGAAAGGUGGAACUUUAAAGGAUGAUGACUGGGGUAACAUCAAAAUAAAAAACGGAAUGACGUUGUUAAUGAUCGGCUCUGCUGAGGCACUUCCUGAAGAACCAGUGGCCAGGCCUGUUUUUGUGGAAGAUAUGACAGAAGAACAGUUAGCUUCAGCUAUGGAAUUACCAUGUGGCUUAACAAAUCUUGGGAAUACAUGUUACAUGAAUGCUACUGUACAGUGUAUUCGCUCUGUGCCAGAAUUGAAAGAGGCCCUUAAGAGAUAUGCAGGUGCCUUAAGAGCUUCAGGUGAAAUGGCCUCCGCUCAGUAUAUUACUGCAGCUCUUAGAGAUUUAUUUGAUUCCAUGGAUAAAACCUCCUCUAGUAUCCCUCCCAUCAUUCUUCUUCAGUUUUUACAUAUGGCCUUUCCACAGUUUGCAGAAAAGGGGGAUCAAGGCCAGUAUCUUCAACAGGAUGCCAAUGAAUGCUGGGUACAGAUGAUGCGAGUACUACAGCAGAAAUUAGAAGGGAUAGAAGGUGACACAGUUAUGGAAACAGACUCUGGAACAUCAGGGGCAACUGCAGCGUCUCCUAAAAAGAAGAGCUUUAUUGACCAGUUCUUCAGUAUUGAAUUUGAAACUACCAUGAAAUGCACAGAAGCUGAAGAGGAAGAUGUUACAAAAGGAAAAGAAAAUCUACUCCAACUUAGUUGCUUUAUCAAUCAAGAAGUAAAAUAUCUUUUCACAGGUCUUAAAUUGCGUCUUCAAGAAGAAAUUACCAAACUUUCUCCAGUGUUGCAAAGAAAUGCCCUUUAUAUAAAAUCUUCCAAGAUAAGUCGCCUGCCUGCUUACCUGACUAUUCAAAUGGUUCGUUUCUUUUACAAAGAGAAAGAAUCUGUAAAUGCCAAAGUUCUCAAGGAUGUUAAAUUUCCUCUUAUGUUGGAUGUAUAUGAACUAUGUACACCAGAGCUUCAAGAAAAGAUGGCUUCCUACCGUUCAAAAUUUAAGGAUCUAGAAGACAAAAAAGUAAAUCAACAGACAAAAAAUUCUAGUAAAGGUGAUGGUGCGCAGAAGGAAGUUAAAUAUGAACCCUUCUCUUUUUCUGAUGACAUUGGCUCCAACAACUGUGGUUAUUAUGACCUGCAGGCAGUGCUAACACAUCAGGGAAGAUCUAGUUCUUCUGGACACUAUGUAUCUUGGGUUAAAAGAAAACAAGAUGAAUGGAUUAAAUUUGAUGAUGACAAAGUCAGCAUUGUUACACCUGAAGACAUUUUGAGGCUAUCUGGCGGUGGCGACUGGCAUAUAGCUUACGUUCUACUUUAUGGGCCACGCAGAAUUGAAGUAAUGGAAGAUGAAGCUGAACAGUAGACUUCAUUUUUACAGAUUUCUGCCUAGGUGUGAAAUAAAUUUCUGAACAUGAGCUUCAUAGAGAAUGCAAAAUUGGUUCAUGCAGUUUACUGUCAUUUGGAGCAGCGAGAAAGUGAAGCUCAUCUGCACUAAAGCCAUUACUACAUGACGCCGCCCGUUGCUAAUGGUAACAGGCUGAUACAUCUUGAAUUUUAUUUGCUGCACUGCAAGUCAGUUUUAAAAACAGUCUAACUAUUGGUGAAAUUAGGUGAGCCUCCUGCCUUCCUUCUGAUAUUGGCAGCAAGAUAUUUAUUACACACCUAUUCAUGCAUCAUCUGUUGUUAACUCUUGCAUGGUUCUACCUGUUCAGUAGCUGUCCAUUUUUUCUAUUGUGUCUGAUAUCAUUGUCAGAAAGGUGAAAAAAAAUCCAUUGUUGCCUCAACAUGUAACUCAGUGCUGCUGUCUAUAGCCUGUGGAAAUACGGCUACAAUCACGUAUUUGUCCAGCCUGACGUGCCAACUCAGCCUGUCCUGUUGUUGGUAUUUCAUGACUUUAAAUAAAUGGUGAUCAGUAAUGAUGGUGCUUCUUACACUA